AUGGCUUUCCUGGAGGAUGGGAACCACACUGCAGUGACAGAGUUCAUUUUGUCAGGCUUGACAGAUGACCCAGUCCUUAGAGUUGUCCUCUUCACCAUCAUCCUGUGCAUCUACCUGGUGGCUUUUGGGAACCUCAGCACCAUCCUUCUCAUCAGAGUCUCUUCCCAGCUUCAUCAUCCCAUGUACUUUUUUCUCAGUCACUUGGCUUCUACUGACAUAGGCAUCUCAUCUUCUGUCACACCCAAUAUGCUUGUCAACUUCCUGGAAAGUCAAAAUACUAUCUCAUACCUUGGAUGUGGAAUCCAGCUCAGCUCAGCUGCUUUCUUUGGAUCUGUUGAAUGCUUCCUUCUGGCUGUCAUGGCUUAUGAUCGCUUUAUGGCAAUCUGCAACCCACUGUUUUAUUCAACUAAAAUGUCCACACAAGUCUGUGUCCAGUUGGUUCUGGGAUCUUAUGUAGGGGGUUUUAACACUUUGUCAUACACCCUUUCAUUUUUUUCUUUUCUUUUCUGUGGACCAAAUAGAAUCAAUCACUUUUUCUGUGAUUUUGCUCCUUUGAUGGAACUCUCCUGUUCUGACGUCAGUGUCUCUGGAGUUGUUAUCUCAUAUUCUGCUGGAUCAGUCACUAUGACCACACUGCUUGUCAUAUUUAUAUCCUACACCUACAUCCUCAUCACCAUACUCAAGAUGCACUCCACUGAGGGUCGGCAGAAAGCCUUCUCUACCUGUACCUCCCACCUCACUGCAGUCACUCUCUACUAUGGCACCAUCACAUUCAUUUAUGUGAUGCCCAAAUCCAGCUACUCCACAGACCAGAACAAGGUGGUGUCUGUGUUUUACAUGGUGGUGAUCCCUAUGUUGAACCCCCUCAUCUACAGCCUCAGGAAUAAUGAGAUUAAGGGUGCUCUAAAUAGACAGCUUGGUAAGAAAUUAUUUUCAUAG